UGUCCAAACUCGGUCCUGGAGGGCCGGUGUCCUACAGAGUUUAGCUCCUACCCUAACCAACCCUGCCGUCUCCGGUCACGUUUAUAUGUAAAUUGCAUGUGUCCAUUCAUUUGCUCACCCAUAAAUCCUCUUCUUCAAGAAAUCAGGACAGAAGUGGUUGAAAGUGGACAAAAGCGACAGCAGGUGUUAAAGGCAGGACAUGGAAUCAGAAACCUUUGAACUGGCGGCCCUAGGAAGACCUCUGUUUCCUGGUAUGCUGUAUGACUGCCGCAAGGAUUCCUUCAUUCCAGGUGUUACUCUGUGGGAUAAGAAAUCGCUGAGGGAAGAUUUGGACAGUCGUCCGCAGCUCAUGACAGAUUUGAAGUUCAGUAGCUCUGACUCUCUCUCUAGUAAGUCCAGUCUUCUAGAUGUAAGCGCUUCCCUGAAGGCCAGUUUCUUAGGGGGGCUGGUGGAGGUGGGAGGAUCUGCCAAGUACCUGCGUGACACCAAAUCCUCCAACCAACAGUCCAGAGUAACAAUGCAUUACAGUGAAACCUCAAGAUUCGAUCAACUCACUAUGACUCAGCUGGGCCAGAUCACAUACCCUCAGGUGUUUGAGAAGAAAACUGCCACUCACGUGGUCACGGCUGUGCUGUACGGAGCUCAGGCCUUCAUGGUGUUUGAACGCUCAUUUGCAGAAGAUGAAAACAAGCAGGACAUUGAGGGAGAACUGAAUGUCAUGGUCAAGAAGAUCUCUGGAUUUUCCAUUGAGGGAGAAGGAGCUGUAAAAAUGACAGAUGAAGAUAAUAAAAAGGCUGAGAAUAUCACCUGCACAUUUCACGGUGACUUCCAUCUUGAGCAGAACCCCAGCACGUACCUGGAGGCACUAGAGGUGUACAAGAACCUCCCCAAACAGCUGAAGGCCAAUCCACAGAAUGCAGUGCCAAUAAAAGUCUGGCUCUAUCCUCUAUCUUUACUGGAUACAAAUGCAGCUCGGUUGGUGAGAGAAAUCAGCACACGUUUGAUUUCCAACACUGAAGAUAUGAUGGAGGAGCUGGCGGAGGUAGAGAGGACAUGCAAUGACCUGUCCAGAAGAACAGAGGUAAAUGUUUUCAGUGACAUUAAAGCAAGGUUGCACUCAUUUCAGGAUUCAUUUAUCAAUUACAAGAUGGUGCUCCAGAAAGCACUGGCCAGGGUCUUGCCUGCCAUUCGAGGAGGAGGUAUGGAGGAACAAUCCCUGGAAAACAUCCUGAAGAUACACAGAAACUCCCCUUUUAACGCUGACUUACUUAACCAAUGGUUAGAUGAUGCAAAGUCUGAACUUAACUUAUUGAAUAAUCCCAGCAAGACGCUGAAUGAGAUCAACAUAGAAGACUCAGACAGGCUCAACGCCAUCCUUCUUGAUCCUGAUAUUGAUGUAGUAUUGUGCCUGACCUUCACAUCUCUAAAUUAUAAAGACCCAUAUCUUUCAACCCUGAAAGAGUUUCUAAAAUCUGACAAGUUUAAAGAGCUAGAUGGAAACAAAACCCUGCUUUCUGUGGCAUCAGAUAGAAAGUGGUUCAAAGAUCCUGAAGUCAUUGCAAAGAUGAGAGAGAACUUGCGUCUCUUCGAGAAAUAUUCAGAGGCCAAUAAAAAUGAGAAGAGUAUCCGAUUCAUUAUUUCUGCCAUCUCCAAUCCCUCCAUUCAAGGCACCUCCAUCUAUCUGUAUGAAAAUGGGAAACUGACCGACACAAAGUUCCAGCCUGUGUCCAAACCGCCCCCACCAACAGUAAACAACGUCCUGGAACAUACAGUGUCCCUGAAACUGCAGAAGUCCCCAACUGGAGAAACAGUGAAGUACAGACUGGAGUACAAGCAGGUGAAAGCAGAUUCUGGAGCUGAGGAACAGUGGCUUGUCAAAGACACAACUGAUGAAGACUUCAAGCUGACUGGAUUGGAGUCUGGAAAGCAGUACCUGAUCCGCUACAGGAUAGUGGGUAAAGUGGGAGUCAGUGAAGCCAGUGAGACUGUCAGCCCAGAGACACUCUAUUUAAAGAUUGAUGACGACUCUAUAUUGAAAGCGGAUUUCAUUCAGGAGCUUCUUCCAUCUGCGGAGCGAACGGCUCUCCUUUAUCACCUGGCUUUCCUGAGUCUGGGAGGAUUCCCACAGCUGGAGCGUCUGAUCAGAGAUCAAGCUAUUGAAACACAACUGCUGUUCAGAUCCUCUGAAGCCCUUCUGAUGAAGUGUGUCGGCACGAGUUCCAACCUGGUCACCUCCCUGUUUCCAAUGCUGAAACAAGCUGUGGAGAAGAACAAACCUGUUUUGGCGGUGAGGUACCUGAUGGAAGCCAAAGAGUUGAUCAAAGACAUCGUAGCACAAGUGGAUGACACAGUGAAGAGGUAUGAUCGACACAACCAAAGUGUGCAAACAUGCACCAGUGACGUGUAUCGAGAACAAAACAAGGCCGAAGAAAAAAAAGCGGAAAAAUUUAAUGAGAUGAAGGGUGAGAUCCCCGACCCUGAGCAUCUGAAGGAAGUCCCGAAGUGUCUUUCUCGAAUCCAACAAAUUCUGAUUGAUCUGAAAAAGUUUUGGCAGAAUGUGGAUUUUAUUCUGUACACGCUGAAAGAAAAAACCUUUAAUGGGGAGGAACUCGUUGACAUGGAGGACAUGAAGGAUGAGUUUCUGAGCUCCAUUGACGAUGCAGGAAAGUACUGGGAGAUAUUUGGUUUGUGCUGUCAGAGAGUUCAAGGCGCCUUCCGCAUUCAGUCUAAAGAUGCAUAUAAAUUCCUGGAGGUCAAUCCGUCUUCGCUCUCUGAGGAGGAGAGGAAGCAGCAGUAUGUGUCUAUCAUGCUGAAGCUGAAGAAAAUCAAUCCAGAUCCGCCAGCACUGUGAGACACCCAGAACUGAUGCUUCCUGAAUGCUGCUUACACAAAUCAAUGCAUACAGCUUCUCUUGUCAUUUUCAUAAUGCUUUGUAAUCUAUACAACUGCUCUUGAACAUGUUCAAUUACAGUUCUGCAUAUACAUGUUCUUUAAGUUGAUGUCAGGAAUAUUAAUUAGAUCAGUUUAUGGCUAUCUCUUUCUAAAUCGCUUUGCAUUUUUAUUAUGCUACAUACAGAUCUUGUGGUCUGGUCACAUGAUUAAUGUCUAUGUCACACAAUAAAGAAAAAAGACAUGAAACACUUCAUUGUAGCCAAAUCCUUAAAAAAGCCAUUUCUAAUGCUUUGGUGUACAAUAGUUCUGCUUCCAUCCAUAAAUCAUGUUAAUAGUGGAGACAAAAUAUAUGUUGAUACCUUCUUUAGAACACAAAAUAAAAUGAAAAUGCAGGAAAAAUUGUGGAAUUGUUUUAACUGUAUUGCAAUAUAAACAUAACCCUUGUCUAAACGAAUUUACUGCAUUUAGUGUUAAUCAGAAAGUUAAAGCCAUUUUGUAAUAAACCAAGAAUUAUAUGGAGAUGCAAGGAAAUGCAAUUAAAGUACAUUUGAAGUACUGUAUUAUGUAGCUCACAUGCUAUGCUAAUUAGGCUCUUUGGUGUUAUGAACCAAUUAGUGUUGUCACGGUUCAUGGGAUCACAGUCUCAUCUGUGCUUAGGCUGCUGUGUGUGUGUAUUCAGACUUUCUGAAUAUUCUCCCACCAACUCCGGUGAUGCGAUCAGUCAUCCGCCAGGAGGCGAACCCAUGCAGGUGGGGAGAGCUCGCCUUUCCCGGGAGGAGAGAGAA